UUCUGUUUUGAUUUUGUUUUUGAAUUUUGAAAAUUUGAUUACAAUUUUGUAGCGUGUUGUGUAAUUUAAAUUCCGGUGUUUUUAAUGUGUUGGAUAAAAAAUACAAAUUGUGCAAAGUGUUGAAAUGGAAUCCAACGGCACCGGUCACUCGCUUUCGGACGACGAAGAUAACAAACUUUCUAGUAAGAGAGCAAGAAUUGAUACGUUACGACUCUGUCCUUACCUAGAUACCAUCAAUCGACAAGUUUUGGACUUCGAUUUCGAAAAACUAUGUUCCAUAUCAUUAUCUCGUAUAAACGUCUACGCCUGCUUAGUUUGCGGUAAAUAUUUCCAAGGCAGAGGUACGAAUACCUACGCGUAUACUCACAGCAUCGCAGAAUCACACCACGUAUUCCUGAAUCUUCACACAUUGAAAUUUUACUGCUUACCGGAUAACUACGAAAUCAUCGACUCGUCUUUGGACGAUAUUAAAUAUGUAUUGAAUCCUACAUUCAUCGAAGAACACAUUCAGCAACUAGAUUCGAAUGUGAAACCAUCGAGAGCUAUCGAUGGAUCAUUGUAUCAUCCCGGAAUCGUCGGAUUAAACAACAUCAAAGCUAAUGAUUAUUGUAAUGUAAUUCUACAAGCUCUUUCACACGUCACUCCGAUACGAAAUUUUUUCCUAAGAGAAGAAAACUACAUCAAAACGAAAAGACCACCGGGUGACAGUUCGUUUCUACUCGUUCAACGUUUCGGCGAACUGAUGCGAAAAUUAUGGAAUCCUCGUAACUUUAAAUCGCACGUAUCGCCGCACGAAAUGUUACAAGCUGUUGUAUUAUGGAGUCAGAAACGUUUCCAGUUUACUGCCCAAGGUGAUCCUAUUGAUUUUCUUUCGUGGUUUUUGAAUGCCCUUCAUAGAGCUUUGAACGGUACGAAGAAAGCUGAUUCGUCUAUUAUAAAUAAAACAUUUUUGGGUCAUAUGAGAAUACAUACGAGGAAAAUACCACCGGUAGAUCUAGAAGAAAAAGAGAAACAUCGUUUGUUACAACUAUCCGAGUAUGCUGUUACUGUGACGGAGUCACCCUUUCUGUAUUUAACUUGCGAUUUGCCACCUCCGCCGUUAUUUAAAGAUGAAAUCUUGGAGAAUAUCAUUCCGCAGGUCAGCUUGUCAUCGAUUUUAGAAAAAUUUAAUAACCAAAAUGAAAAAGAAUACAAAACGUAUAAAGAUAAUUUUUUGAAACGUUUUGAAAUCACCAAACUGCCACCUUAUUUGAUAAUUUACAUCAAGAGAUUUACUAAAAAUACAUUUUUCACUGAGAAAAAUCGUACCAUUGUUAAUUUUCCAAUUAGAAGCAUCGAUUUUGGCGAAUACUUAUCGAAAGAGGCUAAAGCUGCGCAUAAACACACCACGUACGAUUUAAUCGCUAAUAUCAUCCACGACGGUGAACCGGAUAAAGGAACUUAUCGUAUGCAUGUACUUCAUAAAGCAACCGGCCAAUGGUACGAAAUGCAAGAUUUACACGUCACUGAAAUUCUGCCUCAAAUGAUUACCCUAUCUGAGGCCUAUAUUCAAGUUUAUGAAUUGAAAACCUAACGUUUGUGAUUAUUUUCAAUAAAUUAAAGCAAAAAGAUUAAACCUGUAUUAAUUUGUAAUUUUUCAACUUGUGUGAAAUACAAUUUUGAAACGUGUCA